AGAUUACCACCACAUACUAAAAUAUGAGCAAUCGGAAGUCAAAUUCAAGCGUAAAAAUACUAAAAGAGUUAUUCCCUCACUGGAAUGAUGAUGAUUUAAACCAAGUUUUAAUUGACGUUAACGGUGUUUUAGAGUCCGCCGUAGCAAGAAUCUCUGAAGGACACGCUUCACAGUUCUCUACCGUACAAUCAAAGAAAGAAAAGAAAGCCACACCAGCUCAGCCAGCUCCAUCACUUCCAUCCGUAAAAUCUGACAGUCAAAAGCAGAGAUCUGCUCCAACUAGGGGUCGCGCUAAUAGCUCACGAGGUCAGCCCGCUACUAGAGGCUCUUUCAACCCACCACGUGGUCCUAGAGGUGGCUCCGCCAGAACUUCCAACCGUCAAGCUACAAAGCCAAAAGAUCAAUCUGCUUCAAAUUCCGCUACUCCUGCUAAAUGGUCCGAUAACAAACCUUCAACUUCUUCCGACGCUCCAACAUCAGCUACGACAACUCAAUCUAAGCAAUCUUCCGCUAGCAAGUCUUGGGCUCAAAUAGCCAAGCCUCCUUCACCAAAACCUGUACCUAUCGCUCAAGUCGAUCCGAAGCCUGCACCUGUACCUACAAAAGCAGCCGAAGAAUCUACAAACGAGAAAGCUAAAGAAGUUAGUCAACCACCACCAGAGAAUAUCGCGUGGGACGUUCCUGCACCAGGACCUGCACCUACUGCUCCACCUUCCUCAGCUUGGAACAAGAAUGAAUCUGCGUGGGCUUCAAACUCGGCCGACACCAACGCAAACGCUUGGAUUUCAAAGGAGAACGCUUGGGAAGAUAAACCUACUGUAGCAAAAUCUGAAGACGAUUCUAAACAACCUCAACCUUCAACUCAAUCUUCCGCUCCACCAGGCUUUGGCGCUCCAAAGCCAAACUCAAGAGCUGCUCAACGCGCAAGACAAGAUGCCGCAGUUGUGAUGCCAUCAGCAGGUGAUAACAAAUCUUUCGGUAAUGCUAUUGGUGUUCAAUUCGGUAGCUUGAGCUUGUUAGACAACCCAGCAGCUUAUGAAGAACAACAAGAGCAACCAAAGGCUGCUCAACAAGCUCAAGAGUCUAUUACUGUCCCACAAGCUGAGCCAGCUGCUCCUGCUCAACCAGCUACUCAACAAGCUCAACAACCAGCUGCCCCACAACAACCUGAUAUUUCAGCAUACACUGCUUCUUCUCAACAACCACAACAGGAUGUCUACGGUCAAUAUUUCCAACAAUCACAACAACAACCAGCUACUCAACAAGCUCAACCUUCCCAAACUGAUAUUACUCAGCAACAACCUCAACAACAACAACAGCCACAACAACAGCAACCAAUUACUUCACAAGGUAUUCCUCCACAAUUCCAGCAAUACAAUCAAGCAAUUACUCCAACUCCAGAUGCUUACAGCAACGUUUUCUCAAACUUGGCUGCUCAACCAAACCAAUUAAGUGGUGGUGCAUUCGGUCAACAAACUCAAAAUGAUUACGCUGCACUUUACAAUGACCAAGCUCAAAGAGACUUUGCCCUCCAACAAGCUAACUACUAUGGUCAACAACAACCAUCAAGCUUCGGUAGACAAAUUGGUCAAGAAGACUCAUCAAAGUCAGUACCAACUCCUUCAAUCAACCAAGCAACUACUCCAUCAAUCUCUUCUCAACAACAAACUGCUUCAGGUUACCCAGGUAUUACGGCACCAAUGCCAUAUUACUUCAACCCAUAUGCAGCAGCUUAUGGAGCACCAAAUGCAGCAGCAUUCUAUGGCCAAGCAGCAGCUAGCCCAUAUAAUCAAUUUCCAAAAUAUCCAAUGUAUCCAGCAGGUCCAGCACAACCAUCAGCAGGCUUCCAACAACCAGCUCAGCCAAAACCAAGCAAUGCAGCUCAAACUGGAAAUGGCGCAACUGCAGCAACUUCAAGCCAAUCGCCAUAUGUACAACACUCUACAGCAACCAACGUAGCAUCACCUUCACCAUAUCAAUCUUAUGAUCCUUCAACAGCCUACGAUAGCUUUUUGAAUCAAACGAUUAAUAACGCAGGUAGCCCAGCUAUAAGCCAUCAAGAUAAGCAUCAAUCAAAGCCACAACACCAAAACCCACAACAACAACACCCACAACACCCACAACAACAACCAUACAAUGCUUUCGGUAGUGCUUAUCAAGCACCACCACUCUUCCAAACACCUUCCUUCAGCCAUUACCAAGGCUACGGUGGUUGGCAAGCCCAACAAAGAUAUGGACAAGGCUACCCAUAA